UGGCCUCUACCAUUAUCGCAGAGAAGACCAACCCCAGUAAAGUCGUGGUCCAGGCAGGCGGAGAGGAAGAGAAGGCGGCAGAAGCUUCACUCGAGACUCAGAUCAUGAACACAUUUCGGGUUCGACCAGCCCAGGCCCAGGACUGCCCCGACAUCCUGAGGCUCAUCAAAGAAUUGGCUGCUUAUGGAAAUGCUCCUGAUGCUGUGAAGUUAACCAUUACGGAUUUACUCAACGAUGGCUUCGGGGACCACCCUCUUUAUUACUGUCUUAUUGCAGAAGUACCAGCUGAGGCAGAGCUGACACGCACUCUGACAGUAGGUUUCGCAAUGUACUAUUUCACCUAUGAUCCUUGCAUUGGCAAGUUACUCCACCUGGAAGACUUCUAUGUCAUGGAACCUUUUCGAGGUUUAGGUAUCGGACCCGAAAUUUUGAGGAUACUAAGUCAGAUAGCAAUUACCAGCGGCUGCAGCUGCAUGAACUUUCUUGUAGUCAUAUGGAACCAGACAUCUACCGAAUACUACACCAGGCGGGGGGCCCUAGACUUAUCCUCUCAGGAGGGAUGGCAUCUGUUCCGGUUUAACAAAAAGGAGCUUUUACAAAUGGCAAGUGAAAAGUGAAGGUGCUUCCAAACUGCCAUUCCAGGUUCUAAAUCCUCAUCUUGUUGACUUCCUUGUACCAUACAUCACAUCCCCAGCCUCUGGUUUGAGCUGGUGAAACACAGUAAACUCUUGGUUAUCUUCACCUAGCAAUCAUUUCUGCCUGUCUUGUAGUUUUAUCUUUCGAUCUGCCAGUCUAGAUCUACAUAAAUGUAUAUUUUGCAUAUUCACUUGCAGACAGGUAAGGUUCUGGAAAUUCUCUUCAAACCAAAUAAUGAAGCUGUCCUGGAAGAUCUGACCCAGGAUUUUCUAUCCUGUACUUUCCAUGUGGGAGAUGGGGGAGUUUGAUCUCUCUAAAUCUGUUUUCUGUAUGGUUUCUACUUCCCUAGAUGCAAGUUUGGGGUAAUAAUUCAAGCUACUUUGGUUUAGCAAG